ACACAAAUCCGCUCAGAGAAAGGACUGUACCCAAUAAGCCUGAAAAGGCUAUUUGCUUCGUGAUGCCGGCAGAUAAGCCUGGCAAACCUCAGUGUGAUUGAAGAAGCCAGUUGGAGACUCAGCCUAGCUCAGGCAAGCUACCGGUCCUCGGCUACGCUCGACAAACCCUGACACAAUGGUGUUCGCGUUUUGGAAGGUCUUUCUGAUCCUAAGCUGCCUUGCAGGUCAAGUUAGUAUGGUGCAGGUGACCAUCCCAAACAGCAUUGUGAACGUGACUAUUGGAUCUGAUGUCACACUUGUCUGCACCUACACCAGCACUGUGGCCUCCCGAGACAAGCUCUCCAUCCAGUGGUCAUUCUUUCACAAGAAGGACUUACCACCAACUUCCCACAGCCCGUGCCUCAAUACUGAGGGUAUGGAGGAAAAGGCAGUCAGUCAGUGUCUAAAUAUGGCGCAUGCAAGAGACGCUCGGGGAAGAUGUAGCUGGACCUCUCAGAUUUACUAUUCCGAAGGUGGACAAGCUGUAGCCAUCGGGCAAUUUAAAGAUCGAAUUGUAGGGUCCAGCAGUCCAGAUAAUGCAUCUAUCACCAUUUCACAUAUGCAACCAGCAGAUAGUGGUGUCUACAUCUGCGAUGUUAACAACCCUCCUGAUUUUGUUGGAAAAAAUCAAGGCAUCCUCAAAGUCAAUGUGUUAGUGAAACCUUCUAAGCCCUUUUGCAGCAUCCAAGGAGUACCAGAAACUGGCCAUCCUAUAUCUCUUUCUUGCCUCUCGCUGCUUGGGACACCUUCCCCUGUAUACUACUGGUAUAAACUUGAAGGCGGAGACAUCAUCCCAGUGAAAGAAAACUUCAACCCAGCCACUGGGACUUUGGUUAUUGGAAAUCUGACCAGUUUUGAACAAGGUUAUUACCAGUGCACAGCUAUCAACAACCUUGGCAAUAGUUCCUGUGAAAUUGAUCUGACUUCUUCUCAUCCAGAAGUUGGAAUCAUCGUUGGGGCGCUGGUGGGGACCCUCGUAGGUGCUGCCAUCAUCGUCUCUGUCAUGUGCUUUGCAAGGAAAAAAGCAAAGGCAAAGGGGAAAGAAAGGAAGCGAAAUUCAAAGACCACCACAGAACUCGAACCAAUGACAAAGGUAAACCAAAGUACAGAGUUUGAGGCAAUGCCAGAUGAACACGUGAUCCAGCUAGAAGCUACCUUGCCACCUUCUGGCCAUGAGGAUGACCCCGAUGCCAUCCUAGGGCCAGAUCAUCAGCCUAUCCCGGAGCCAGAGGCUGUCCAGGAGCCUGCCCCGCAGCCUGUCCCAGGGCUGGAGCUUGAGAUAAAGCUGGAGCCAGAGCUGAAGCCAGACCCAGAUCCGGAGCCGGAGCUGGAGCCUGAGUCUGAGUCUGAGCCUGGGAUUAUAGUGGAGCCCUUGUGUGAGAAGGAUAGGGAGUGAGUAAGCCAUAGGCUGUAGCCUAAGUACAGUGUUCAUCGCUAAGGAACUUAUUACUGGUAUUUGGAAUUCAGCUGCCCUAACUAGUCUCCCACCCCCUUCCUCUGUUCUGACUAACCCUUUUCUAACAAGGCGCCCCUACCAUCAAUCCCAAACAAAUAGGUCAAGAUAAAUACAAGGGUUCCUGCAUGACUUACACUUUUACUAACAUGUAAGCCUAACCGAUGACAAAGUGAGUGAUUUCUCGUUCAGAUGAAAGUGUUUUGUUUUGCAGCAACAUCUACACUGUACUUCAGAAAAUCUCUAUUUUCAGCUCAUCUUUAUUAUGUUCCACAUGCACACAUGACAAGGUGGCAUUAAUUGGAUUCGAUAUUAUUCCUAGGAUGAGCUGUCAGGGCUUCCCUAUUCAUUUUGACACUGGCCAUGAAGACAAGAAUUUGCUAGCAUUCUCUUGUAGAUUGGGGGCAGGGGGAAUCCUCAAAAAUUGCAGAGGAGAAUAUGUAAAGGGUACAUAUUAAUUGGUAGAUAGCAUUUAAAUCUAGGUCUUAAAAUCAGUGCUUCAUUUAUCAUAUUAGAUCUCCCAAGGAACCACUCUGCUAUACAGUAUCUUAAGCAUAGCAAAAAAUUUAAAUAACCUAGUUUUCAAAUGCAAGAUAAUCUACAGGCAAACAGUUCCAGAUAACAUUUUCCUUCGGUGACUAAAAAAUGUUGAUACCAUAGGUGAUGUACAAUUUACCUUUUAAUGAGAUACUAUGUUAUCACUAUAUCUGAUGCUACCUUACUUAAGAAGGGCCAGAAUAUGAAACUGUUCUAAGUGAAUACUUAAGAUCUAUUUUAGAUAAUCUGAACAAAUUAUUUAAUCUGUUUCACUGUUGGGAUAUUCCACAGUAGUAGAUAACCAUAUAAGUGCUAAAUAUUAACCUAACAUGCAUUGAUAUUACCUCUUUUUUACCUGCCAAAAUGUGUUCUCCAUUGAUAUUUUACCCAUAUACCACCUUGAAGAAAUUUAAAGGUAGAUUUUUUCAUUUGUGUAAUCAGAUUUUAAAUCUUAUUUUGAAGUUCCAUAAAUAACACUCAAUAAAAUCUCAUUUUAAUGAUCCUAAGGUAAAUCUUUCAUUAAUGUUAUUGACAUAUACUUUAUGUACAAUAAAGCAUACCCAUUUCAGGUGUACCAUUUGAUGAGUUUUGACAGAUGUAUACACCCAUGAAACCACCACAAUUUAAAGAGAGCAUUUCUGUCAAUCCAAAGUGUUUCCUAUGCCUUCGUGUAAUCCCACCAUCACCUUGGACCUAGGCAACCACUGAUUUGCUUUCCAUCUUUAGAGAUUAGCUUUGCCUUUUCUUGACCUUUGUAUAAAUGUGAUCAUAUAGUCUGGA